UCCUGAUACAAAUACAACACAUGGUCGCAUUGGGGAGGUACUUGUAGCGACGGACAUCUCGGGGUCAACUACUCCGAGCUUGUUUGAAAUCUCGCUUGCAUAACUCUUCCUUGGGUAGCUAUUAUAGGCAUACUGCUCUGACCUUUAAAGUUUUAAACUAUUUGUCCCUAACGUCAUAUAAGGUUGUGAGCAAACGUCAUACUGCGAGCGUGAGAGCUUUUAAAGCCACUCGUCCCACUCCACCUCCAGCUGCUACACAGGAGACAGCAUGUCGACCAGUACCAACCAAGUUAAAAGUUGCCCUAUCCCCACCAGGGUGCUUACCCUGAAGGACUGGUCCCAGCUCCCCGACUGUUACAGCCAGACGCCAGGUGGGACCCUCUUCUCCACCACGCCGGGAGGUACCCGGAUCAUCUAUGACAGGAAGUUUCUAUUGGAUUGUCGAAACUCCCCUCUUGCCCGAACCCCCCCAUGCUGUCUGCCCCAGAUCCCAGGGGUAACAGUACCUGCCACACACUCCAUGGGAAAAUUGCAGGAUGUCAAAGAGGAGGCAGAAGAGGAAGAGAAGGACAUCGCAGAUGACAACCAGUUCGAGAUGGACAUCUGAGCUCCAGUAUUACCUCCUGUGGAGAGUUAUCCAUUAAAACGCCUUGCAGGGUCAUUAAUGACCAUAAUGCAUUACAUAUAAAGCUUUUUUUCACUUUUUUAAACAAAAAGCUUUGGUGAGUAACCAAACUGAGAAAAGUUAAACCGUUGGGUGUUUUUGACCCCAAAAAAAGAGCGUACAGCAAAGAAAUGGUAUUAAAUGGGUUGUUUGUUGCUCACUCACCUAAGAACUGCAGCAAGAUGGAAAAAUCUGUUUUGAUUUCACUUUUUUUUAUCUUUUGUAAAUAAGAAAAUAGUACUAUGUUGCCAAUUUUUUAGGUUGGUGGGAUAUACGAUGAUUACAUUAAGAUGUGUAAAUUAGGGUUUUUCACUGCAGGCAUCAGUUUUGUUUUGUUGUAUUUUUCCCACCAGAAAGGAAAGCUAACUUUCGUUGUGAUAGGCAUACAAAUGUCUCCUAAUACUGGGGGUUUGUGCCUACUGAAAUUCAAUCCAACUCGUACUGUUUAGUAUGAAAUGAAAUAUGGAUAAUUUCAAAUAAAGGCCAAUGAAAAUGUCAA